GUUUUCUGUCAUUCACUGCUUUUAAUAAGCACUUUUGGGGUAUCAUACGUGUAGUUCUAAACUUUCAGAAUCAAUAGACUAUACGUCUGUAUAGACAGUAGCCUGCCCUAUCACUAUCAUUAAGUAUCAACCUGCAAUUUCAUGAUGCCAAGAGCUGCAGCUGGGCGAGGGAGAGGAGGUGGACGGAAGCCAAAGGCAGCUGCAGCAGCUGGUUACCAGCAUUCUGGAGCACUUACAGAGGGAACAAUUCUAACUGAUGUUUUAAAGAAAGAGUGGAGAAUUCAUCAGCCUGUUGGGCAAGGUGGCUUUGGAGUGCUCUAUUUAGCUUCAAAGAAAGACAGCAAUAGUAAGGAACCAGAAUUUGUUGUUAAAAUGGAACCUAAAGGAAAUGGACCAUUGUUCUGCGAGUGCACAUUCUAUCAAAGAGCUGCUAAGCCAGAACACAUUCAACAGUGGCUUAGUUCAACCAAGAAGAAGACAGUUGGUAUGCCCAAGUUCAUAGCACUUGGCUUCCAGGAGCUAAAUAAUGUAGAGAACAGAUUCAUGGUAAUGGAGCGGUUUGGGACAGAUCUUCAGAAGUUGUUUGUAGAAAAUGGGAAAAGAUUUCCAAGAAAGGCUGUCCAGCAAGUAGCAUUAAGAGUGAUCGAUGUAUUGGAAUACAUCCACAGUAAAGAUUACAGCCAUGCUGAUAUCAAAGCAGCCAAUCUCUUGCUUGGAUACAAGAACCCAAAUCAGGUGUUCUUGGUAGAUUUUGGUCUUGCUGCCCGGUACAGACAGUCAAAUGGAACACACAAUGUAUACAAAGAGGACCCCAGGAAAGCCCAUGACGGAACAAUUGAAUUCACAAGCAGAGAUGCCCACAGAGGAGUUGCUGCAUCUCGCCGAAGUGACCUUGAAAUAUUAGGUUACUGUUUGAUACAGUGGUUGUGUGGCCGACUGCCAUGGGAAGACAAUCUCGCCAAUAAGAAUUAUGUCAGGGACCAGAAACUCAAGUACAUGGAGGACAUUCCUGCCUUAAUGAAGAAGUGCUUUAAAUGUGCUGAUUAUCCCAAGGAGAUCGAGACGUAUUUACAAUAUGUUGCAAACCUAGAAUACGAGGAGACCCCAGACUAUAAGAAGAUGUGCCAAAUAUUCGUAACAGCCAUGAAAGCACAGGGUGAUAAGGAUGACAAGUUGAAUUUUACUUCAGCUGGGUUAGGACGGAUAACCAGUCCAAAGCGACAGACAAACAAACGGGCAUCAGGAGUUGAUUCCGAGUGUCCCACCCCUGCCAAACGUGCAUCCUCUGCACGAGCUGUGGCUGCCGAAUCGCAGUGUCCUACUCCUGCUAAACAUGCUUCCACGGCGAGAGCACGAGCUGUGGCUGCCGAAUCGCAGUGUCCUACGCCUGCCAAACGUGCUUCCACGGCGAGAGCAACACCAAGGAAAGGGAAUGCGCUGAGUGUUGAACCUGUUGUGUCUCCAUUGUCCCCUCAACUGGGUACCCCACAUUCUAGUCUCAGGGGAAAACGGAAAAGUGACAAUCCGCCUGCUGAAGCAGCGGGGUCUUCGAAACAGAGGAAGCGUCCAUCAGCUACCAAAGCAAAAGCUCCUGUUAGUCCGUCUUCAGAUGAGGAUUUUGAAAUGUUUUCGCCCAAAAAAACUAAAUAUGACUUCACUAUGACAUGUGCGAAAUCAAAUACCACGAUGAGAAAAGUGAGGAGAACAAAGUCUGUCUCAACCAAGGGCACACAAACAACGCCGGGACUGAAAGAACGGAAUCCACGAAAAAAGAAAACAUCAUCGUUUCUUGAAUGACUUGAACAUUUCUGAAAGAACUUCAAACGGGCAUAUUCUGAAACAAGUCGAACAUUCCGUAAUAACUUGAACACUUUGGAGUAACUUCUAAUAUUUCCAGGGUAACGUUCAGGUCUCUGGAGAUUGACUGUGACUAUUGACUGCCAAACUGGGGAAAGAAAUUUCUGCUCCACAACUUCAGUAUUUGUACAAAUGUACAGGUAUAACAUUGCUUUUGUGUUUUAAUCAAUGUUGGCUCUACCACCCGCAUUCAUGACACUAAUAUAUUGUCAUGCAACUGGUAAAUGGAGGAUUAAAAAUCGAUUUGAUCUGUUUUAAAUUCUUGAAAGGUUUGGCUCCGAAAUACAUGUACGUCUCGUCAUUGGUGAGGGUAGGGAACUUAGCAGCUUGUCUUCUCAGAGCGUCUUGUCCCUCCAAGAUCCUAAACAAAAUGUAGUGACACUGUUCCUGGAUUAAAUCCUUCAUUUUCUUA